AUGAGCGCUGUGACUCCUGUGCAGGUCAAAUAUUGCGGCGUGUGCAGCUUCCCGGUGGAAUUCUGCGAGUUCGGCAAGAAGUUCAAGAAAUGCAAGGCCUGGCUCGAAAAAGACGACCCGGAGCUGUACAAGAAGCUGUACUCUGAGAGCGCGCACAACUCGUCGCUGUCGUCUGAAAAAGAGGCCAAGAUCUCCGAGUCGCUCGCCAAGAUGCAGCUCAAGGAGGAGCGCAAGCUGGAGCGCGAGCUGCAGUCGCUCAAGAGCUCGAAGGUGCUGAUAAAGCGGAUCCAGCGCACGAAACACAAGCACGUUAUUGCGAUCGCAGGUCUCGAGGUGUUCGACGUGGACAUGAAGAAGAUGGCCAAGACGUUUGCAUCGAAGUUUGCCACGGGCGCGUCGGUCACGAAGAAUGCCGAGAAGAAGGACGAGGUGGUGAUUCAGGGAGACGUGGGCGACGAGGUGGAAACGUACAUUCUGGGGCUUUUGAAGGAGAAGGGCCUGGAGGAUGUCAAGGUCGAGCAGGUGAGCGAGAGAAGGAAGUGA